AUGUCCGAAGCACCUAAUCCUCCUGUUCAAGGCCGCCUUAUUAGCCAUUUUGCCGACCGGAGAGCGGAGGACCAAGGCUCAGGCUGGUCCGCACUCUGGGACUCCAACGAGAGCGUUCUUUGGGAUAGAGGGAGUCCUUCAAUUGCACUAGUCGAUGUAGUAGAGCAGCAGCAGGAUGUCUUCUUUCCAUAUACUCGCGAUGGACGAAGGAAGAAAGCUCUCGUUCCGGUAAUUCUCUCCCCUUUCCACCAGCCAGUCAGCAGGCCGGAGGGCUGUGGACGAGGCUAUGAUCCCGUCAUGUUAGCUCUGCAUGGCUUUGAUGUCUACGGUCUCGAUAUAUCCACCACUGGUGUUUCAGAGGCAACAAAGUACGCCACCUCUGAAAUGCAGAGUCCACAAGGGUAUAACUUCUCCGCAGGAGCCGUCACUACUAGCGUUGUAGGGAGUGUAAAAUUUAUUGCGGGUGACUUUUUCAGCUCCGAGUGGGAGAGUCAAGCUCUACAGGAUGGUGACAAGUUCGAUUUGAUCUAUGACUAUACGUUCCUCUGUGCCCUCCACCUGGACCUCCGUCGAAAAUGGGCUGAGCGGAUGAGCCAGCUCCUCCAUCCCGGAGGCUUGCUCGUCUGUCUUGAGUUCCCCAUGUACAAGGACACCUCCUUACCAGGCCCACCGUGGGGACUGAAUGGAGUCCACUGGGAUCUGCUCGCGCGCGGCGGGGACGGGAUCACUAACAUUACUAAAGAGGAAGAAGACGAAGAUUCUGGUAUUCAGCUGUCAGGGCAGUUUCGGCGAGCACAAUACUUUAGGCCUAUACGGUCGUAUCCAAGCGGCAAAGGCACGGAUAUGCUGAGUAUUUAUCCCCGUCGCCAGUUCGACCGCCCAAAACACCCAGGUGAUGGCGAUUACUAG